GAUCCAUUGGCCACACUAAUCUGAUCCGUUGAGCAAGAUUCGCGCGUGCUUGUGUUGUUUUCGUGUAUAAUUUGUUUAAAAAAUUGUUUUGUUGAACCGGGCGCUAUAACAAAAGUUCUUUGCGGUGCCAAACUAUUCAGCAUUGAAGCUGAAACCCACCCAUAGUGGCCAAAAUGGCCCUGCAAAAUGGCGAAAUGUAGAGUAGAUAAAUAACAAAAAAAAAAACCCACCCAAUUGCAGUGCGUGCACUUGUAUGAGUGAGUAAGCUGCCGCGAAUUGUGUGAAAAAGAAAAUAAAAUAAUUAUUGGUAAAAACCGGGAUACGUGCUGAAACUAUUAUCUGGCUGCACCCAAAAUAUGCGGACCUGGACAUACAAAUAGCAAAAAGAAGGACAACUAAGAAGUACUAGGCAAGGACUAAGGAUCAUCCUUGGAAUGUAAAGAAGUAAUGACAUCAAGACUUGGAGACCCACACGGGACCACCACCACCACCAAAUAGAGAGCAAUGGAAACCGAAACAAUGGAAAUUGAAAUCGAAAUCAAGAACGAAAAAAAUUCAGAUAAGGAAAUAGCUAUGAUAACCAACCAAGAGACUGAAAAUGCGGCCAUAAUAACAGGUGGAGACGAAGGUUCUGCCACCCGAGACAAUACAACGAAACUAGAUGGAACCUUUGCCAUACCAGUUACGCCCCCCAACAAGGCGGGCAGUCGAAGUAGUUCCCUCAAAAAGCAAAAUCGUAUAUCAAAUGGAAGCGGUAUGGAAAGAGAGGGCAAGGCACGUCGCUCCAGUGAGAACUUUCUCAAGAGUGAUCUUCUAAAGCAAUCGCACUCGAUGAUGUCCCUGCAGGCGCCCAGUGAGGAGCAUCUAGAGCGACGUAAUGUCGUUCAGGCCAAGAUCCACUUGGAGAGACCCUAUCAUAGCCUUAAGAAGAACUCACAGAGUGGAAGCAGCAACAAGAUGCAUCGGUAUUCCUGGGGCAGUGGACACAGCAGCUCCAACAGCCUUCACAGCAACGCCACUUUGGGACUGGGCUCGUCCGGCAAGGACGACCUGUGGGCGGCCAUCCAAACGAACUACAACUACAUCAUGGACACCAACUUGCUGGACACCUGCAAGGAGGCACGCUGUGAGAUUGAGGGAGCGGCUGCAGUGUUGGAAAUGUCCAGAGAGGGCUGCGUCAAGAUGACCGACGAGACGCAACCCAAGGGCUUCAGUGAGGAUCCCAAGGAGCUGCGACGCUGGCUCCGGGAAAUGGAAAAUAAAUUGGAAUCCUCGCCGACCAUUUCAGAGUUGACCUUGUUUGGUAACGCGGAUCUGCAAAGGCAUUUAGCAGUUCACUCGGUGUUGUACCAUGAAAUUGUAUCACACGCUCGCGUAGUGAGCUCUUGCAUCCGCGCCGCCGAAAAGGAGCACCAACUCCAGCUGCAGCAAUUACAGUUGCAAAAGCAACACCCAAAGCUGUCGAGUCAACAGCCCGCUUCAUUGACCAGCAAUUGUUCGAGUGAGUCAACCAGCGAGUCGGGCACCAAGUCGAGCAGCCUCAGCAGCGGCUUUGUCUCUGACGUCUCCGAGGUGAACACAUCCAUCACAGCAAUAGCAAUAAAAUCCACUCAGCCGCCCAGCCACUCGCACCACCAGCACCACCCGCCGAAAAAAGGUGACGGAAAUCUGGAGCGACUCCGCGACCGCUAUCACCUAUUGUACUUAAAGGCCUUUGAGUUGCAACUCUGCCUGGACAACUUGCUAAGGAAGCGCAGCUCUAGAUCCAAUGGUUUGGAUGACGACGACGAAAACGAACAAGAGGAUACCGAAGACGAUUCUUUUGGAUACGAGGAAGAAGCUUGUCAGGACGAAGCUACCGAAGACGACAGCAACGAUCUAAACUCUGAUCUGGAUCUUGAGAAUCCCGAUCUCAAGUCGUCCAGCCCGGUUGAGUUUAUACUUCAACGCUGCCAGAUAACCGCCACACAAAUCGACUGCCAGCCGCCCACGUCCCCAGCCCGGGCCAGCCCAUCGCAGAAGGAGCCAUUGCCGACGGAUCAGCCUCGCGAUUGUCUUGCACCACAAAAGCCCGGCGAUGAAGCCGACGAGGAGCUAGACGACGAGGAUGAUAAUUCAAAUUUGCCAGGCUCUGAUGUGGUGGAUUUUCUAAUCCGAGCCAAGGGCUCCUGGCGUCAACCCAAUCACCCAAAGACCAACUCCAUUGGUUGCCCCACUUUAAGCGGCUUCGAGGCCGAUUCGGAGAGCAGUGACUUUGAGCAGAUUGCUACUUUACCAGUGGUCACAAAGGAGAUGCCCCAGAGUACUAGCCGAAACAGUAACUAUAGCCAGUUGAUGGUGCCGCUGCCGUCCAACAUGAUGCGUAAGAAAAACAUAGCUGUGGCUGUAAUCACGCCCAAUUCGCACGGAAAUACCAGCAACGGUGUUGCAUUGCGUCACGGGCUAAAUCACGAGACAAAUAAAUCACCAGUGGGGUUGCGAAAGUCGCGAAAAAACCACACCGAUAUCUCGAAAUUCAACCGCUCCAAUCGCAAGUCAAAGAACUGUGCAAUUUUCUACUUCAAACACCGGGAUACGGACCAUGAGCAGAGUGCCAAUACAGCUGGGAGUGAUCUCCAGAGCGAGGAAGAUCGAAGCCAGGUCUGCCAGCAGAGAUCAUCGACUGGUGCUGGAGACACACUCAAAUCGGCUGAUGUCUCAACCGAUGACGACGAGGAGGGUUGGCUAUACACAGCAACAGCGACAACGAGGCGCACCGCACCAGCAGUCGACACUGAAGAUACUGGCGCUGGUGCAAGUGAAACUGCAAAAACAUCUAUUGUUGAUGAUCUGCAGCCCAUGAAUAUUUUUUCGACCACAGAAACGGGUGGAAAACUACUACUGCCGACCGGAGAAGACAACGACGACGACGACGUUGACUUCCACAAGGAGAAGAAGGUGCUGGCAACCUUUGCAGCAUCGCAGGCAUCGCAUAGCUACAGCAGCAACUACGAGAGUAGCAGCGCCUGCUCCUCCUCCAACUCAAAUUCAAACGGCAGACUCACGGAGACGUCGGCCACAUCGCGAGUCACUCAGAUGCAGGUUCACGCCGUGGCGGAUUUACAUCCAAAAAUGCAGAGGGAGUUUCAAACCCAUGGCAAUCGAAGCGAUGCAACAAACAGCCGUACUGGCACUGCCACCAACAACAACAAUUUGUACAGCAGCAACAUGCAACAAAAUACCACUGAGCGACCUGAGGAACUUGGCAGAAAAAUCCUCGAUGAGAUAACUGUUGAUAUGGCAAAUGGAAACACCAGCGAUCCUCACCAGAUAAUCAAAAAAGGUUAUAGUCCUGAGGACGCAUGCAACAUCAGCGUUUCUUCAAUUAAAGAACCAGCUGAUUGUCACCUACUGUCACGUAAUCCGGAGAAAUCGGCCACCGCCACCUCCACAAAAUCCCCGGCCAGCAGCAACAAUGCAACCAUUUCCGCAUCCAUGAUGAUUGUUUCUUCAAUUAAGGGCAAGGCCUCGCAUGAUGCAAUCAAACAAUUGGUGAUGGAAGCAGAGCAUUUGGUGCGCGACACCCAAGAGGUCCCUCUGAUGACACCAACCAAGCCGAAACAUUCCAUCGUCAAGAUCUCUUCGACGGUCAAGAAGCGAGAAGUAGCUCUGUCGCAUCCCAUCAAGCAACGCGUGGAGGAGUGGCUGGAGCAUCAACCUUCCACACCCCAACUGUUGGCAACCAGUCAUAGUCAUACUCACGAACUAGUGCCGCGCCGCAAACCAGAUGGUUGUGAAGCAUCUGGAGAGACAUCUGAAACAGACUCUGUUCCCCACACCGGAGGAGCCGCCGGAGGUGGCCUCAACGGGCCCGGAUCGGAUACAUCCGAAGGCUUUACCGAUUCCAUAGCCACCUGCAUGCAAAGAAGCACCAAUUCCUUCGGAACCUCCAUGGAGCGCAUUGGAGGCUCCGAAGAACCUAUUGAACAAACAGUCUCCAAUGUGUGUAAUGAGAGCAGUAAUCAGAGCCUGAACGGCAAGGUGGUAAAGCGCCCGCAGACGCGCCGAAAGUCUGACAGACCUUGGUCCGUGUCGUGUCUUUCACAACUGGCCACAGACACGUCUCAGCUGACUUCAUCCAGGACGGCGGAUAACUCCUCGCCCGGAUGGGCCAGUCAUUCAAUAAGCGAGAGUGCUCUCGACUCUCUAUCCCCUGGGCCACGACCUAGAGCAGCUUCCUCGUCGGGAACUGGCAGUAAUACAGCUCGAAAGGCAGAUAGCAAGGGAUCACUGAGACGCAGGAAGGCCAGAAAAAAGCGGAGUUUCGCUAUUUCGGCUGGAAGGAAAUCGGAUUCUGGAUCCGAACUGGGCGGAGAUCUUACCCAGACCCUUAUAAAGUCCUGCGAGUCCAUGUCCUCCCAGCAGCUGCAAGAGUUCACAAAUGCUUUGCUCAGCAUUCAAAAGGGAGCAUCCGUUGCUCCUCUUCACCCGAAGGCGGAGGCUACCUUGGACAGUGGCCAUGCCAAAGGGAAAUUCGGGGAAUCCCAGUUAAUGUUGCCCAAAUUCCGAGUUGGAUCCCUCACCACCGCUGGACUAAUAGCCAGUGAUACGCGAUUGGGAGCUCUGGCAGCGUUAUCGAAUUACAUGAACGAAAACGAGCAGCAAGCUGAACUGAGCACCGAGGACCAUCACAGCAGCAUCUCGGAGACCGCCUGGGACAAUUACCAAGAGAAAUAUAAUUCGGAAAACUAUUCCGAGGGCUUCGACUCUGAUGCAGCCCGCCGUCUCUUGGAAUUCGGCGACGACUAUCGAAAUUUCAUCGACUCACAGUCGGACUGCUGCAGCUCUCUUUCGGCGACCAACAAUCUGGACUCGUUCUCGCCACCGCGUAUGGAUUCGCUGCAGAAACGCGAAAUUAAGGUUAGCCACAUAACCCAGGAGGCAAUCAGCAACUGCGUGGACCACGCCCGUCGUCAACGAACCCUUGAUAUCCAGUACGAACGCCGUCGAAAGACUUUGGAAGUUAGACGCAAGUCCUGCCAAGACAUGGAUAAGACACCGUCCACACAAGCGAAAGUUCCUUCACAACCAACCCUUUCGGUCUCCACCACAGCGUUGAUUACCACGCCCAAGAAUCAGUCCAGCCAGAAGCUUAAUCAGUGGGCAGAGGCAGUUGGUCGCAAGCUGGAGUUCGGUGGAAUGAGUCAUUCUGCUCAGUCCCUCUUGAGGCGCACCUCGGAGAGUGAUACUUCCACCCGGAGACGGCGAACUUAUACCGCAGAUGACAGAAGGCGAUCCUCGAGGAACUUGGAAAAUGGCAUCAAGCCCAUUCUCACCCCUGCUUCGUCCAGCAGCUGUUCAGAUUCUGAGGAUGGGGAGCAAGAGAUACGAUCGCUGUUGCUGCAAAGUCGCGAUCGCCUAGAGGAUACAAAGGCUCUCAAGAUCAGAUGCCACUUGCUCCGACCAGAGGAUUACAAUGAAAUCAUCAACACUUGCCGUGACAACAUACACUGCCUGGAGGCUGUGCUUCGGGGCCCACCCGGCACCGUGAUAUCCAACCACUGUGCCGACCAUACAAAAGAUUUGCUCUCUGCGUGGGGAGAUCUACUCGCCUGGACUGAAAAUGCGUCCGAAGCUAGAAGGCUUCAGCAUGAGAUGAAUACUCUUAAGAAUACACUGCAGAGAUUAGGGGACAACUCGUCGCCGAAUCUACUCGACACAGAACCUGCCAUCCAGAUAGCCGUGGAGUUGUUAGAGUCCGAGAAAACGCAGCUGGCUAGCUACAGGACCAACAUGCUUCAGUUGAAUGCCUCGGUCCACAGCUGGCUGACUCGUCAGGAGCGCCGACUUCAGAAAACCCUUGAGGAGGAACAACAGGAGUCCGAACAUCAAGCGGAAAAGCCUUCCACGCCGUUGGAAUUGGAAUCCAAGGAGGCAGUGGCCAUUACGGUCACUGAUAGCAAUGGAAACCAAGUUGAGGCAGUGUCCGCGGAAAAAUCAACAAAAUCUACUGGAACUAAAGCCUGGGAUGUGCUUUCUCUGGCUUCUGCUGAGAAGGAGUUCCAUAAACAUCUAAAAGGCGAGGUUAGCGAUAUGUACAGCGCUUGGGAUGAGGCAAACUCGAGAAUUAACUCACAACUGGAGCUGCUUACCAAUUCUCUAAUUGCCUGGCGGCAGUUGGAGUCCGGGUUGAGCGAAUUCCACUUGGCUUUAGGUCAGGAUAGGGGAACUCUCAAGGGAUUGGAAGGAGCUUUGGACAAGGGACAACAGACUUCAAUAGAAUUGGCCCAGAAUGUGAAGCUGGUAGCCAAGCUCUUGUCUGAGAAGGUUCACGUUGGGCAAGAGAAGGCUGUCCACCAGCAUCUGGAUCCCAACUUUAUCUAUCAAAUCUCUAAGUUUAAGGCUUCGAAUGGAUCCCUUUCGGACUCUGGCAUCUCCGAUGGUGGUGCCACCUCGGAUGGCGGUUUAUCGGAGCGGGAAAGGCGUUUAGGUGUUCUUCGCCGACUGGCUAAACAGUUGGAACUGGCUUUGGCGCCAGGGAGUGAGGCUAUGCGUUCCAUUGCUAUUCAAAUGGAAAAUGCUGAGGCCGAAUUGAAAUAUCUCCAAAACACAUGUCGGGAUUUGAUUGUCCGCACGGCAGCUACCCACCACGAAAGGCAGCAGCCGGCAAGCCAACAAAACGAGGUGCAUCAAGCGAAGGUGAAUGAAAAGGUUCCUAAAAAGACGACUACCAGCAACUCCCAGCCGUCAAGCCCUGGAAAACGCGGCAAAAACUCCCGCAAGCCACAAAAGUCCAAGGGAUUGAGAGAAGGUCCUGUGAAAUCGCGAAAUAACUCUGGAAAGGACAAAACUCCCCAAGUAAAUGAGACUAAUAAUACCAGUUGCGUCGGUGAAGGUGAUUCCACAGAUGAUCAAUCGCUGCUCAUCAAAUUGGAAAGCUCAAAAGACGACGACGAUUCGGAAUCAAACAACUCGGUAUCUUUGCCUCGCGGUUGGGCGUGGCGCAUCGCAAGAGCUGCUGUACCAAUGCAAGUGGCACUGUUUACCAUUUUUUGUGCUGCCUGUUUAAUGCAGCCCAACUGCUGCGACAACCUGAACAACUUGUCAAUGAGUUUCACGCCUCAGCUCCGGUAUAUUCGCGGCCCACCUCCGAUGUGAGGUCGAACAAGUAGACUACUUAGCAGGCACUAAUUGGAAACCUUUUUUGGGUAUAACUACUUUAUGCCAAGGCAUUUGCAUGUAUUUACAGUUGUAACUAAAGUGUACCUAGAGCAAGAGUCACUACGGCAGAGCUUCUAAUGGCCAGCGUACUUCGGGUAAGGGUCCCGAACGGCGUUUAACGUUAGCUGGUGGUUUUACGAUUUUUACAUAAAAAUAGGGACAAAGGAAAAGCUAGUUUUGGCUUUAGUCAAGCUACUUCAAUAUUUUUUUAAAUUGUAACCGUAUGGAAGCUACCCCUUAAUAUAAAAA